AUGGCUGUGCUACGCAAGCGCAAGACUCCUCCUCCCGCGCCUGAGCCAAAACAGAAAAAAGAACGUAAGACCAAGGUCACAAAGGCUACCGUUGUCAACACAUCUGCAAAAGAUGAACCUGUUCCAGAACCAGUAGCCGAAUCCUCUACUGUCGCACCUGCCGAGGAGGAUAAGCCUACAGCGAAGACAACGACUACGCCUCCCAAAACUGGGGAUAAGGUCGAUUUUGAUGGAUUUGGUGGCGAGGUUGAAACGAAUGAUGGAAAAAAGGUGUCACUCAAGUCACUUGUGGAGGAAAGUGAGGCUGGAGUUGUGCUGUUCACCUACCCCAAAGCCUCUACUCCUGGAUGCACUACCCAGGUUUGCUUAUUCCGUGACAGUUACGACUCUCUUACUGCCACUGGUUUGUCUAUCUAUGGUCUCAGUACCGAUAGCACCAAGGCGAACACAACCUUUCAGACCAAACAAUCCCUGCCUUAUCCCCUUUUGUGCGAUCCCUCCGCAUCGUUGAUUACCGCUAUCGGACUCAAAAAGACCCCGAAAGGAACACAGCGAGGUGUAUUCGUCGUGAAGAAGGAUGGAGAGGUUCUUGCUGCUGAACCGGGCGGCCCAGCCGCUACUGUUGAAGUUGUCAAGAGGUUAGUCGCCGAGACAGGAGGCUCUGAGGAGUAG